AUGGGCAAUGCUCACUCAGGCUCGACCUUCACACGUACUACUGCGGCACUCGAUUCUUUCGUCGCAGAACUUGGUUCAGACAUCAUCUACGAUAAGAGCUUAGGAUCCGCGCGUUUUCUCAAAACAGUGAAAUGCCGACAUCGAAAUAGCUAUCUUGUUGUCAAAGUCUUCAUCAAACCCGACCCUGGCCUGUCGUUGCGCAACUACCAUCGAAGAUUGAAAGCCGACCGGGAAGCUUUGACGGACAUUGCGAAUGUGUACAACUAUCAGUCAUUUGUGGAGACAGAGAGGGCGGGGUAUAUCGUUCGACAAUGGAUUGCGAGCAGUCUGUAUGACCGGAUAAGUACCCGCCCGUUCUUGAGCAUAAUAGAGAAAAAAUGGAUAACCUUUCAACUUCUAAACGCCCUCCGCGACGCACGCAACCGCAAGGUAUCUCAUGGAGACAUUAAAUCGGAGAAUAUCCUCGUCACAUCGUGGAAUUGGGUCUACCUGUCCGACUUUGCAUCCUACAAACCGACCUACCUACCACUCGAAGAUCCCUCCGACUUCUCGUUCUACUUUGAUACUUCAGGACGUCGAAUUUGCUAUAUUGCACCGGAACGUUUUUAUACAGCCGCCAACAAUCCAGAUAUCAGCGCGAAGAAAUCCAAGCUAGACGAGACGGAGGGCAAACGCGACGGGAAAGUCACAGAAGCGAUGGACUGCUUCAGUGCUGGUUGUGUUAUUGCAGAGCUCUUCCUUGAAGGGGCACCGCUUUUCACUCUCAGCCAGCUUUUCAAUUAUCGUGAUGGCCAAUAUAACGUCGACAGCUAUCUUGCGCCAAUCGAAGACGAGGGUAUCCGGAAUGUGAUCAAGCAAAUGAUCAGUCUCGAGCCCAGUGCGAGGCCGACUUUCGACACCUUGUUGCAUACUUCUCGAGGAUCUGUCCUCCCAGAGUCAUUCUACUCAUUCCUGCACAACUACGUGUCCUCCGUCAACGACCUUCCCUCUAAUCCGCCUUUUUCAAAUACGACGUCAUCUACCCAAACUCCCGGGCCUCUUACUCCCACCGUUUCUGGAACCAACCUGCGAUCGAAUUCAUCACUGAACCCCAAUCCCACGGCGGUCAUCGAGUCGUCUACCGAUGUGCUGCCAAGCGACUCCGACCAUCGAAUGGAAAGGAUCUGGGCAGACUAUGAAAGCGUCGAAACCUACCUUAUUCCCGAAUCCGCCGAAGAAACGGUGAUGGAUGUGAAGGUCGAGUAUAACUCGACUAUCGGGAUGUCCCGUCCUUUCCAGGAUAUUCUACCGAUUGAGAUUCACAUCCCAAAUCGGGAAUCCAAGCUUCGUGGAACUCUCAACCAAGGCUUGCGCGCAUCUGAAGACGGACCUGCGCUUAUCAUUUUGGCGUUGGUCACUGCGAAUGUCCGGAACUGUGCUCUGCCGAGCUCCAAAGUCCAAGCAUUAGAUGUCUUUCUGGCACUAGCGUCUCAUCUUACGGACGAAGCCAAGCUCGACAGGAUGCUGCCAUACAUUGUCGAACUACUCCACGAUGACUCAGCAACAGUUCGUUCUGCAGCCAUGCGCACUAUGGUUCAAGUGCUCAUGAUGGUCACCGUUAUAACUCCAUCGAACGCCCUGAUAUUUCCUGAAUACAUCUUACCCAACAUCAAAUAUGUUGUCCAAGACCCCGAAGUUUCCGUUCGUUGUACGUAUGCGCAAUGCAUCGUCCAUCUGGCCGAUACUGCAGUGCGUUACUUGGAGAUGGGGCAGGCUUUAAAGGCCCACGGGACGUUCAAGCUCGCUCCAGAAGCGGUCGCCCAGCAAGAGUAUGAUAACGCGAGAUUUGAGGUUUCAUACGACGCGAGCAUGCAAGACCUUCAAAACAACAUCCAAGAACAUUUGUCCGCCCUUUUAAUGGACUCCUCCAGUGUCGUGAAGCGAUCCGUUCUCCACAACAUUUCGUCGAUGUGUGUGUUCUUAGGGUGGCAAAAGACCAACGAUGUUGUUUUAAGCCACAUGAUCACCUACCUCAAUGACCGCGACUGGUUGCUUCGUUAUGCGUUUUUUGAGAGUAUCGUGGAUGUCGUCGCUUGCGCAGGAGGCAGGAGUUUGGAGGAGUACAUAUUGCCGUUGAUGAUACAAGCGCUCUCCGGCAUAGAUGUGGAGGAGACUGUCGUCGCCAAAGUUCUUGUAGCGUUGACCAGUCUCUGCGAGCUUGGCCUUUUCAAGAAGAUGCGGAUUUGGGAGCUCAUGACGAACACGUUGGGUUUUUUAUACCAUCCCAAUGUGUGGAUACGACAGGGUGCUGCUGCAUUUAUCGUUUGUGCAACAUCCCACCUUCCUGAAAGCGAUGCAUGGUGUAUCAUUUACCCAUCUCUCCGUCAUUUCCUCAAGUCUGAUAUCGUUACUCUCGAUGAGCAAAGUCUUUUGUCAGCAAUGAAGCCUCCCUUAUCGCGCCAAGUUUUUGACGCCGCCGUGCAAUGGGCAAUGAAGUCGGACAAAAGCUCUUUUUGGCGAGGACAGCGGCGAGUUCCGAGUAGGAACGAGUCGCCUCGGGAGAGUGUCCUGUCCCUUCGCAAGACUGGCACCGUUUCUCGUGGUCCGAAGUCAGACGAGGACGAUGCACAGUUUGCUAAGCUUCAACAACUAGGAAUGACCUCAACAGAAGAGGUCAAGCUGCUCGCAAUGAGAGAGUAUAUUAUCAGGCUAGCCAACGCAACUUCCAGUUUCGCGUCUCGUGUUAGUUUCGAGCCAGAAGCCGACAAGAACCUUAAAUCUAUCGGGGACAUCGAGCUACCGAAACUGGGUGUUGUACCUCAGACGGUCUUUCUCAAAUCACGAUCCAGUGAUUUUGGCAAUCGGAGACUAUCUCACGCGCGAAGAACUUCGGCCCUCACCACGCCUCUUCUUAGUCCUAACCGUAUGUCGGACCAUGGCAGCAUCGCACCGUUCGAAGACCUGCGACGGCGUCUCGCCACGAUCAAUGGCUCUAGCUCUUCCAUUAUUCUUAGCCCUCCACGCAAUGCUACCAUGUCACCAUCCCUCUCCAUUUCAUCUGCUGCCGCCGUCGCAGUAGGUGCUCCAUCACCCAUCGAAAGACCUGUCAGUCCAACGGACUCUGUUGUGUCGACUACAAAUUCUACCACUUUCCGACCACUAAGUCGGAUGCAAUUGGGCGGGACAACGGAUAGUCAAAAGGCCGCUCCCGCUGUAGGAUCCUCGAAAACCAAUGCGAUCGGAUUACUUGAUGGACGCGUCAAACUACGAUCAGACGGAUCACCGGAACGAUCAGGCACCACAUCACCCCUAUCAAUGUCGACAACCACGAUUCGGGGUCCGACACGUUCUCGUGUUCCGUCCUUACAACCAAUCUCCACUUACGAUGGCCAAGAAGCCGGAAUUAGUAAUCUGCUGGAAAACCUCUAUCUUGACAAUAACCGGGAACUGCAGAACGAUUUUGGUCCCAACGUCCAUGAAGGCCCUGUACGGCGCCGGAAUGCGGUCCGGCAUACUUUCCAAGCCCGGGAAGGCGCGAAACACACAGAAGCAACCCUUGUUUCUCACCUCACUUCGCACUCUGAUGCCAUCAAUGGUCUCGCCGUUUCGCCUGAUCACAUGUUCUUUGUAUCCGCAUCAGACGACAAGACGGUCAAGGUUUGGGACACAGCACGUCUCGAGCGUAAUGUAACGACGAAACCGAGGCACACCUAUGGUCAACACCAUGCGAAAGUCAAGUGUGUCUGUAUGCUUGAAGGGGUACAUUGUUUUGCAAGCGCGGCGGACGAUGGGAGUCUCCAUAUUGUGCGGGUUCAUGUUACCCAAACCGGGUCACUGCCAAAAUAUAACAAGCUGCAAGUGAUUCGCGGGCACCAGGUAGAGCACGCUGCUCAGGGCGAGUUCAUUACUUGUAUGACCCAUUAUAACACCGAUUCUGGCUCGCAUCUCGUUUAUGCCACCACACAUUCGAAUAUCACCAUUCUUGAUCUGAGGACGAUGGAUGUCGUGCAAACGAUGGAAAACCCAAGACAUCAUGGCCCCAUUACUUGUCUUUGCAUUGACCGACGACGGUCUUGGAUUGUUGUGGGAACCUCAACAGGCGUGCUGACGCUAUGGGAUCGGCGUUUUGGGCUGCUGCUCAAAAGUUGGCAUGUCGGUGUUGCGUCAACUGGCCGGUUCGUCCGGAUACGCCAAUGUGUCGUCCAUCCUUCGAAAGGUCGCGGGAAAUGGGUGAUGGUGACGGUAGAGGGCUCGAGGAAGAAUGAUCGAACGUUUACCAACCUGGUCGAGGUGUGGGACAUCGAAAAGGCAUUGCUGGUGGAGACCUUUGUUGCGCGCCAGAGCGGAGAAGAGACAUUGGCUGAGCCGCAUGAAUUGACCGGAGUCGAUGCAGAUAUGACUCCUGCUGCUGCCAUCGCUGCUCUUGUUACUUCACGACAAGCCAUUCCGCCUGACCCAUCGCAAAGUACAUUCCACGAUGAGCUUCUCCCGCCACCCUCGGCUGAUGUUCGUGCUUUGGUCGUCGGUGUCGACUUCGGUGGUCAUGUUGGCGUCCAUCGCUCUGACCUGGCUGAGGGUGUGGAGGCUGGUGGGCACGGCCGCAGAGGGUUCAUGAUUUCGGGUUCUGAAGACCGAAAACUCCGGUUAUGGGACCUCGCCAAGCUAGACAGAACGACCGUCCUCAGUGGCCUUGACUCUGAGGCCGAGCGCCCGACAUAUACCUCCUUCUCCUCCACUACUGCGUCCACCUAUGUGGAGACUUGGGCAGACCCAGCUACAACAGCCAGCCAGAGUAACCGGCCCGCGCAACGGAUGUCGUUGAUCACGCAUACACAGCAGAAUUUGCUCAAAGCCCAUCAAGAUGUCAUCACGGCGCUCGCCUGUAUUGAUUCACCUUUUCGAGCGGGUGUUGUCAGUGGAGAUAGGGCAGGGGUAAUUAAGGUCUGGAGGGUUGAACUAUCGUAG